AUGGGAGGUCGCUUCUCUGUUUCAGUGUCAUCUGAUCAAUCGUUGAAAAAUGUCUCGCAACUCUUAUGCUUCCAAGAGAGUUACAUUCACAGUCUUGAGGAGAAUCUGGAGGCUAUACAAAAAGACAUGGAAGAGCUCAAGGCAAGACAAACUGAUGUGUGGAGAAGGGUCGAGAGAGAGGAGGAUACUAGAGGUCAUCAGCGGCUUGCAGAAGUCAAGGUAUGGCUUAAAAAUGUUGAUAGCAUCGGUAGGCAGGUCAGUUAUCUACUUAGUAAUAGAGCCACUGAACCUGAUAGGUUGUCUCUUAGUGGGUUAUGCUCUAAGAACUUAAGACUGAAUUAUAGUUAUGGAGAAAGAGUGUCGCUGAUAUUGAAAAAGGUUAAUGAUCUGAAAUCUAAAGGCGACUUUCGAGUUGUGACUGAGCCUGCUACAGCGACUAAAAAGGAGGAGAGGCCUUUCAGUUCCAGAAUGACUAUUGUUGAUCGAGAAACAAUUCUCAAGAGAGCUUUGAACCGUCUCGUGGGUGGUGGACCAGGGAUUAUGGGUCUGUACGGUGUAGGUGGAGUUGGCAAAUCAACUAUUCUCCGAGAGCUCAACAGAAAGAUCAGUGCCAGAUUUGAGUUUGUGAUAUGGGUUUCUGUGUCUAAACAUUUUCGUGUGGAGAAGAUUCAAGAGGAGAUCGGUAAGAAACUAGGCUUUCACGGGGAAGAGUGGAACCGGAAAGAGGAAAGCCAGAAAGCCACUGAUAUACACAAUUCCAUGAAGAAAAAGAGAUUUGUCUUGCUAUUGGAUGAUGCGUGGACGAAAGUAGAUUUGACAAAGAUCGGAGUUCCAUUUCCUACUAGGGAAAACAAAUGCAAGAUAGCAUUCACAGCUCGCUCUCGGGAGGUGUGUGUGCAGAUGGGGGUUGAUGACCCGAUUGAAGUCCCUUGCCUGGCUGAGAAUGACGCCUGGGACUUGUUUGAGAUGAAAGUUGGAGAAGAUACAAUAGGAAGCCGCUCAGGAAUUCCAGAGCUAGCAAGCAAAGCUGCUGAAACAUGUCAUGGACUACCAUUGGCGCUGAAUGUUCUUGGUGAGAUCAUGUCCAUGAAAACUACAGUGCAAGAAUGGAACGAUGCGAUAGAUGUUUUGACUUCAUAUGCCACAGAGUUUGCAGGAACGGAAGAUGAAACGCUUCUUCCGAUUCUGAAGUAUGGCUAUGACAAUUUGAGGGUGGGAAGGUUUAAGUCCUGCUUCCAGUAUUGCGCUCUGUUUCCUCCAGGUUUUACAGUUAGUAAAGAGGAUCUGAUUGAAUGUUGGGAAGGGGAGGGAUUCAUGGGUGGAUACGACCGAGGUCAUGAAAUAAUUAAUAAGCUCGUUCACGCUUGUUUACUGAUGGAGGAUGAUAAAGAUAACAAAUUUGUGAGAAUGCACGAUGUGGUUCGUGAUAUGGCUUUGUGGAUAGCAUCUGAUUUUGGGAAGCAGAAAGAGAGAUGUAUUGUCCAAGCUGGCGUUGGGUUAGUUGAAGUACCACUGGUUAAAGAUUGGAGUAGUGUGAGAAGGAUGUCAUUGAUGGAUAAUGAGAUUGAAGAGAUAAGUGAUAGUCAAGAGUGUCCUCAACUUACAACUCUGUUUCUCCAAGAGAACCGCAACUUAAAGCGUAUCUCUGGUGAAUUCUUCAGGUCUAUGCCAAGGCUAGCUGUUUUGAAUAUGUCGUCGAAUCAGCUCACGGAACUGCCGAAGGAGAUAUCAGGUUUGUUGUCGUUGCAGUAUCUCAACUUGUCACGGACAGAGAUAGAGCGACUACCGGAUGGUCUAGGAAGGCUGAAACGUCUAAAACAUAUCAAUCUGGAAAUGACGAAGAGACUCAAGAGUGUUAAUGGGAUAUCAGAUGUAUCAAGUUUAGAAGUAUUGAGACUACUAAACUCGAACGUUUCGCUCGAUGCUACUAGCAUAGUAGAGGAGCUGCAACGCUUGGAACAACUUGAAUGCUUAAACAUAGACAUCUCCUCGAGUUCAGCUGUGGAGCAAUUGUUUACCGCUCGUGUGUUGGCAGAUUGUAUUGAAGAGGUAUGUAUUAGAGAUAUUCAGGAAGAAGCAUACAAAACACUGGUUUUGCCAGCAAUGGAGCGUCUGAGUAAGCUCAUGAUAAUGAGUUGUGAUAUAUGGGAGAUAGAGAUUGGGAGGACAUCAUGGGACAUAAUCCUGACAAGGGCGAGACUGAGAAACCUCUCAAGUGUGGUUAUAAAUGCCUGCAAUGGACUUAAGGAUUUGACGUGGUUGUUGUUCGUUCCUAACCUCACUCAUCUUAAGCUUGAGUCUUUAGAGAAGGUAGAAGAAGUGAUAAGCGAGGAGAAAGCUGCAAGCAGUCCCAGUGAUGAGCAGAAAGUGCGAGGUAUGAAUGCUCCUUUUCAAAAACUUGAAAGGCUUGACUUGAUGGACCUACCGAUGUUGAAGAGAAUCUACUGGAGUCCUCUGGUUUUUCCUUGUUUGAAGAAGAUUGUGGUAGGAAAGUGUCCAAAACUGAGGAAGCUUCCACUCAAUUCUGAGAGUUGCGUUGCUGGUGGUGAGGAACUUGUUAUAAACUACAGAGAUGAUCAAUGGUUUAAAAGGGUUCGAUGGGAAGAUAAAGCAACUAAAGAACGUUUCUUACCUUGCUGUGAAAAGACAUCGGUGCCGGAGGGAUCUGAAACUGCACAGAUCCGGCCGAGGAUGAUGCUUGGGAUCAAGGAGAUUAUCCGGUUCGAGAAAGGUGAAGAUAACUCUUGUCAAGUGAAUAAAGACUACAAGGUUAUAUUCUCAUCAAAGAUGGUUUCGAGAUUAGGCAUUUUGCCUACUCCGCCCAUACCAUACAUACGCUUAGUCCUGAAUCCAUCUCUUAUGGGUAAGCUACUGGAUUCCAAAGCUGGCAAAGACUCUACUCUGCACUUCGUUUGUUACUUACCUUCAUUCAGUUUCAGGAGGUAUUUAUUAGAGAGCUUCAAGAAGAAUCAUACUUUGCAAAGACUGCAGGGGAUUGAACUACGUAGACGACUUGAGACUCAUUCACAAAAUUACCAGCAAACUCCAAGAUCUCAACUUCUGAGUUCUGAAUGCCUAAUCGCAACUAAGCCUACCUGGUUUUGCCUUCUGAAUCUCUCUUCGUGUGUCAACUGCAAGAUGGGUGAUGUUUUCUCAAAAGCAAGCGAGUUCGUGUUUAAGCAAGUCUGUAGCUGUUUUUGUGUCGAAGUCAACCAUAUCUGUAGACUCGACAAGAAUCUAGAGGCUCUGAAAAAAGCCAUGGGAAGACUGCAGGCAAGGCGAAUGAUGUCUGGAAUUUGCAUCAAGGUUUCUUUACGGGAAGAGGUUUUCUCGAUGUUGGAAGAUGUUAAAGAGCUCAUAGAUCGCAAAAUAACUGGAGAUUUCAAUGCUGUGUCUGCGCCACCUACGAGAGAUGUGGUGGAGGAAAGAGAUCUACACGGAAUCAUUGUUGGUCAGGAAACAGUUCUUGAAAAGGCAUGGAACCAUCUCAUGGAUGAUGGAACCCAGAUUAUGGGUCUCUACGGUAUGGGUGGAGUAGGAAAAACAACUCUUCUUGAACAGAUCAACAAUAAGUUUAAGGUUGCAAAUGAUGAUGGGUUUGAAAAAGUCAUUUGGGUUGUGGUGUCCAGCAAUCUAGGAUAG